AUGCGGCUGUUAACCACAAAGAUCCUGCUCCCUUGCGUCUCGCUUCUGUUGCCAUCCCUGUCAUCGGCCCAGUGUCCGCUCUAUCAGAAUUACGCUGCCCAGUACCAUGAGCCUUACACGGAGGGAACAUGGAAUCUAAGCUACGCCAGACCGAUAAUACCAUGUCGAACAUUUCUUUCGGAACAGGUCGAGAAUACGAUUGAGCGGUUACGAGGCGUUAUUAAGGACCCUGAUCUCUUUCGUAUCUUUGAGAAUUCAUGGCCGAGUACAUUGGAUACGACGAUUGGAUGGCGAGGAUGGUCAAACACAACAAGCGACCUCAACGAGCUGGAAGGCCCUCUCAUGAGCAUGAAACCCGAGGAACUAACAUUUGUCAUCACCGGCGAUAUUGAAGCAAUGUGGCUACGCGACUCAGCGAACCAACUUCAAGCCUAUGUCUCCGUAUUGAAGAAAGAUGACAGUCCAGACAGCCUAGCCAGUCUAUUCCGAGGAGCAAUCAACCUGCAAGCACGCUACAUCCUCGAAAAUGCGUUUUGCAAUGCGUUUCAAGCGCCCGACGAGAGCGGUGUCGUGCGAAAAAGCAGCCUGAACAGCGACCGCAUCACGCCCUUGUUCGACUACUACAAAGUCUUCUCUUGUCAGUGGGAGUUGGAUUCCCUAGUAUCCUUCUUGCAGCUCUCCGUGGACUACGUAACCGCAACCAGAGACUACGACUUCUUCCAAAACUCCAGCAACUGGACCAAAGCCGUGGAAGUUGUGCUCGAAACAACAGAAAGUAUGAUGAUCGACAGCUAUACUGAGGAUGGCGAGUGGCAGCACACGCCUUACACCUACUGUGCACCCUACGGCGGCACCCCAAUCAAUAACUGUAACGGCAGUCCUCACAAAGGCAACAUCGGCCUUGUACGGUCUUUUCACCGCCCCAGCGACGACGCGUGUACAUAUCAGUAUCUUAUUCCUUCCAACAUGAUGUUCUCUUCCGCCCUCAACACCUCUUCAACAAUCACAUCGCGUAUUAUGCCUCGCACCAGCGGCCUGACCGCACGCAUGCAAGCCCUAAGCACAGCCAUCAACCGGGGCAUAGAAAAGUACGGAAUCGUCUCGGACCCUACAUACGGCAGAAUAUACGCCUACGAAGUUGACGGCUACGGCUCUGUAAACAUCAUGGACGACCCCAAUGUACCUUCUCUUCUCUCAGCUCCGUUUCUGGGUUAUACGACGCUGCGCGAUCCCAUCUACCAGAACACUCGACGGAAGAUAUUAAGCAGGGAUAACCCCUACUACGCUGUCGGACCCGUGAUUACUGGUGUGGGAAGCCCGCAUACGCUGCCUGGCAGGCCUUGGCCAAUGGCGCUAAUCAUGACGAUAUUGACGAGUGAGGAUGACACGGAGAUUGUCCAGAACUUGAUGUGGCUGGUGCAGAGUACGGAUGGUUUAGGCCUUAUGCAUGAGAGUGUGCAUGCGAGGGACAAGGCGGUUUGGAGUCGACAGUGGUUUAGUUGGGCGAAUGGCUUGUUUGGGCAGAUGAUUUUGGAUUUGGAGAGGCGGAGGCCAUGGAUUUUGGGUAUGAGCUUUCAGUAA